AUGAGGAAGGGACAUUGGCGAAUUGCUUGGACCAAAGGCGCGGAAGAAGCAGAGAUGCUCUAUGGCAAUUCAUCAAGCGACGAUUUGCCCCUAUUCGGCAAUGCAUACAGGCGUUUGAUCCGCAAGCUGCAACAUCGCACAAUAGCGAUUGAGCGUAAGCAGUUCCUAGUUCAGCAUAUAGCCGAAGUUUCAAACGUCUCCGCCGACACCUUCUUCUUGUCGUUAAGGUCCAAAACAAAGGCUCGGACCACUUUUCUUUUUGCCAUCGUUGACGACGAAGUACAGACUGCCAGCAGUCCUCCUCGGUCUAUUGGACGCCUCGUAUAG